UGCUUCGACCAGCCGGGAUUACUUUGACGGAGCGUGUGGGGGCGGCGCUCAGAGCGGCGGCGGCGCUCCGAGUGAAAGGACGAGGUAGCGGCGUGACCCAACGGCGACACAGGAAUCUAGCAACCAUGUCGAAGCACCACAAUGCAGGGGCCAUCCAGACCCAGCAGCUGCAUGCUGCCAUGGCAGACACCUUCCUGGAGCACAUGUGCCGCCUGGACAUCGACUCGGAGCCGACCAUUGCCAGGAACACCGGCAUCAUCUGCACCAUUGGCCCGGCCUCCCGCUCUGUGGACAAGCUGAAGGAAAUGAUUAAAGCUGGAAUGAACGUUGCCCGCCUCAACUUCUCUCACGGCACCCAUGAGUAUCAUGAGGGCACAAUCAAGAAUGUGCGAGAAGCUGCAGAAAGCUUUGCCUCUGAUCCCAUCGCCUACAGACCUGUGGCCAUUGCACUGGACACCAAGGGACCUGAAAUCAGAACUGGACUCAUUAAGGGAAGUGGCACAGCAGAAGUGGAGCUGAAGAAGGGUGCACAGCUCAAAGUGACCCUGGACGAUGCCUUCAUGGAGAACUGUGAUGAGAACACACUCUGGGUGGACUACAAGAAUCUCAUCAAAGUUGUAGAAGUUGGCAGCAAAGUCUAUGUGGAUGAUGGUCUGAUUUCUUUGGUGGUUAAGGAGAAAGGGAAGGACUAUGUCAUGACAGAGAUUGAGAAUGGUGGCAUGCUCGGCAGCAAGAAGGGCGUGAACCUGCCCGGCGCUGCCGUCGACCUGCCCGCCGUCUCUGAAAAGGACAUUCAGGACCUGAAAUUCGGUGUGGAGCAGAACGUGGAUAUGGUGUUUGCUUCCUUCAUCCGCAAGGCUGCUGAUGUCCACGCUGUCAGGAAGGUGCUGGGGGAAAAGGGAAAGAACAUCAAAAUCAUCAGCAAGAUCGAGAACCAUGAGGGUGUGCGCAGGUUUGAUGAGAUCAUGGAGGCCAGCGAUGGCAUUAUGGUGGCCCGCGGUGACCUGGGAAUCGAGAUCCCAGCUGAAAAAGUCUUCCUCGCCCAGAAGAUGAUGAUUGGGCGCUGCAACAGGGCUGGCAAACCCAUCAUCUGUGCCACUCAGAUGCUGGAGAGCAUGAUCAAGAAGCCUCGCCCGACGCGCGCUGAGGGCAGCGACGUGGCCAACGCCGUGCUGGACGGCGCCGACUGCAUCAUGCUGUCCGGGGAAACUGCCAAGGGAGACUAUCCCCUGGAGGCCGUGCGCAUGCAGCACGCUAUCGCCCGCGAGGCUGAGGCCGCAAUGUUCCAUCGACAGCUGUUUGAAGAAAUUUUACGGCUCAAUGCUAACACCAGCGACCCUGCCGAUGCCAUGGCGGUGGGCGCCGUGGAGGCCUCUUUUAAGGGCUUAGCUGCAGCCGUGCUAGUCCUGACUGAGUCCGGCAGGUCGGCACACCUGGUGUCACGGUACCGCCCGCGCGCCCCCAUCAUCGCCAUCACGCGCAAUGAGCAGACGGCGCGCCAGGCCCACCUGUACCGCGGCAUCUUCCCCGUGCUCUGCAAAGACCCCGCCCUGGACGCCUGGGCCGAGGACGUGGACCUGCGCGUGGCCCUGGGCAUGAAUGUUGGCAAAGCUCGAGGGUUCUUCAAGAGCGGCGACCUGGUGAUCGUGCUGACGGGCUGGCGCCCCGGCUCUGGCUACACCAACACCAUGCGUGCGGUGCCCGUACCCUGAGCGCCCAGCGGGCCUUCUCCCCCUGCCCCUCCCCUCCCAGCACCCCACUGCCCCGUCUCCCCUUGCAGUAGACCAGCCAUCGCUUGCGCUGUCGUCCUUGUCCCUAGAGUGGAUGUAGGUUGCUAAACACCACCCAGUGCAGCAGCAGCAGGGGCAAGAGACCUUAAAUCACUAAAAAAAAUUAUACUUGAAGUGUUUAGUUUUUUAAAAAUCUCUCCCUGUAGUUAAAGUCCUGCCUUGAUGUGUGUUGGAGUCAGCGUAGGAGGUUCCUGCGUGCUGUUGGGACUCCUCUUUCCUGGUGACUGUGCUCAGAGUGUGAAAUGUCCCUUUUCCUGGCCCUGGUGUGGGGUUUUGGGGAAGGGGAGAGGCAAUGUUUAGUCAACGGUUCUGCUGGACCCCUCCUUGCUCGAGGCAAGCUGCUACUCCCCCCUCCUGUAAUGGCUACAUGCCUCUCCAGACCCAAUCCAAGGCAGAUCCAGCCUUUCUGAGCUGGCUGUUUGGGGAAUGGGGGCAGGGGAAGGGUGUUGGCUCCAUGCACAGAGCUUCCCGUGCUCCCCUUGCAGCGUUGUCUCCUGUGUUAGUCAUGUUCCCCCACCACCCCAGAGCCCCCCCCUCACCCAGCACUCUGAUGGGCCCUGGGGUGGAGAGCACAACUGUUCAUCAAUAAAGAAAAGCUGAAGCA